UAUACUACUAGUAGUAAUUCUUUAAUUUCAUUCCGCAUCCGCAACAAAUGUUCAAAAAGGAGGGAAAAACCUUAAACCCUAAAAAACCAGUACUCUCUCCUUCUCUCUCUAAUCUAUACAUAUCUCCAGAGGCGUUUGGCCGGUGAGGGGUUUCAAAACCUUUCACAGACUCCAAUGGCGAGGAUGCUUCUUCGAAACGCUUCUUCUUCACUGAAACAGUCUCUAUUUUCAACUGAGGGUAUUAGAAAAGGAGCAUUAGGGACAUCCUUCCAGUUGUGCAACUUUUCUGCUAAAGCUAAAAAGAAAUCAAAGUCGGAUGGAAGUGAUUCAAUUGACGAGAAUAUGUCCAAGAAAGAUCAGGCCCUACAGCUAGCAUUGGAUCAGAUCACUGCCGCAUUUGGAAAAGGAUCUAUCAUGUGGCUUGGCCGGUCUGCCUCUCCUAAACAAGUUCCAGUGGUGUCAACAGGAUCUUUUGCUUUGGAUAUUGCAUUGGGAAUUGGUGGUGUUCCGAAGGGACGUGUUGUGGAGAUAUAUGGUCCAGAGGCUUCUGGGAAAACAACGCUUGCCUUACAUAUAAUUGCCCAAGCACAAAAGCAAGGAGGUUACUGUGUUUUUGUUGAUGCUGAGCAUGCUCUUGAUCCAACACUGGCUGAAUCUAUUGGGGUAAACACUAAAAAUUUGCUUCUCUCGCAACCAGAUUGUGGUGAACAAGCUCUUAGUCUUGUAGAUACCCUUAUCCGGAGUGGGUCGGUUGACGUUGUUGUUGUGGACAGUGUAGCUGCCCUUGUGCCUAAAGGUGAACUUGAUGGUGAGAUGGGUGAUGCGCACAUGGCAAUGCAAGCUAGACUGAUGAGCCAGGCACUUCGCAAAUUGAGCCACUCCUUAUCUAUGUCUCAAACUAUUCUGAUCUUUAUAAAUCAGGUGAGGGCAAAGCUGUCUACUUUUGGAUUUGGUGGGCCAACUGAAGUUACUUGUGGUGGUAAUGCCUUGAAGUUCUAUGCUUCAAUGCGUUUAAAUAUUAGGAGAACUGGGUUUGUCAAAAAGGGAGAAGAGACUGUUGGAAGUGAAGUUCAAGUGAAGAUUGUAAAGAACAAGCAUGCCCCUCCUUUUAAAACUGCACAAUUUGAGCUUGAGUUUGGCAAGGGGAUAUCUCAGGAGUCAGAACUCAUAGAAUUGGGAGUAAAACACAAUCUUAUCACUAAGGUUGGGGGUGGUCAUUACAAUAUAGAUGGUCAUAGUAUUCGAGGUAAGGAUGCUUUUAAAGUGUAUCUGGCCGAGAAUGAAAAUGUAAAAGAGGAACUUAUGAUGAAGCUCAGGGAGAAGUUGAUUGAUGGCAAGCCAGACAAGGAAACGGAGGAUGAAACGGACGGAGAACCGGCAGAAGAGGUUACUUCAUCGGAGACAACAGAUGAAGAUGUAACCACUGCUGUUGAGGCAUAAUGUAGUAAAUGAUCUCAAGAUGUAAACAGAAUUUACCUAUUACAUGGGCCUUUUUCAACGCUGCGAUGAAUCUGCCAUUGCCUUGUGAUAGUUGAUUUUAUGCACAUAAAUCAAAUCAGUGAACACGAGUUGAUGUACGCGCUGGAACGGCCUUCAAUUUACAAUCGCCUGCCAUCGACACUAAUGGUCAAGCAUUAACGUUUCCAAAUGUGAGCCUUGUAAGUUAUAUUAGCGAUUUUAUAUAUUAUUGGUCAUGUAGUAGUGAGUUAGAGUUUAUGGGAUAGUAAAGAAAGAGAAUGCAGAACUUUUUUGAUUUCCUGGAAUCAUCUCCAUUGCUAAUUACUCCUAUAAAAUCCCAGUCUGCAUUUUUUGUAUGUUAAAGAGACUGGUCUCGUAUAUGAUAUAUCUUAGUAGUGGAAAUACAGGGAAAAAGCGCCACAAUAUAUUUUUUUAUUUCUUC